AUGUCUGAAGGUACAGCGCCUAAUGAACAAGGAGACACUUCUGCCCCAGCACCGGGUACCAACACGGAAUAUAUUAAACUAAAAGUUGUGGGCCAGGCGAGUUAUUUUGAUUCUAACGAAGUGCAUUUUCGAGUGAAAUAUGGGACUUCAAUGGGGAAAUUAAUGAAGAGCUAUGCUGAUCGAACUGGAGUAGCAGUCAAUACACUUCGUUUUCUUUUUGAUGGUCGUCGUAUAAAUAAUGAAGAUACCCCUAAAAGUUUAGAAAUGGAAGAGGAUGAUGUCAUUGAGGUUUAUCAAGAACAAGUAGGAGGAUUUGCCCAGUGA